AAAAAAAAAAAAAAAAAAAACAUGGGUAGAGAUCAAACAUUUCGAAAGAUAACUGCUAGAUACUUUGUCAAAGGUAUUGAAGAACUUCUCAUGACAUCCCUGACCUGAGUUAGGAGCGACGCGUGACCGCGACUGGCGGCCGCUUUCUUAAACAUCUAAAAAUUCGUUUUGUAGGUCAGCACACCACUGUGGUGUGGUAGCACCCGAAACCUAAGUUUUGAUUUCUUAAACGCUGGCGCACCGACCCGUGUGUUGUUAGGUAGACAACGAUACUCGUACUCUAGCAUCCCAUAGAAAUGCGGACGAUUCGCAAGUGUUGGUACCCCUCCUCGUAGAAGAUUGGCAGGCCUGUGUAUCAGCUGAUGUAAACAAAGCGCCAUUUUCAACCAGUUCAUGCUGGAGUGUACACGCUUCUCGCAGCUCAACACCAAUGGCUACCAGGGACCUAAAAGGCACACCACUCUCUUACGCCCAGAAGUUGUAUCUCGUGAGACAAAUUAGAGAUCACCCUGUGGUACACACGAAACCUUCAAACUACACUAGUAUACUGGAGAGAAAAGCCGCGUGGGAGACAAUAACUAAGAACUUCAAUGUAUGUUUCUCCAUGGCGGAGCCCAAGAAUACUCAUCAGCUGAAGAAGACUUGGGAGUACUUAAAGAAUAAAGUGAAGAAGGAUCACAGCAGGUACAUCCGGGAAACCCAUCAGACUGGUGGUGGGCCACCACCAGCCCCACCAAAACCAGCUGAUGAGGUAACGCUGAUUGUACAGCUGAUCCUUAAUAAUAGGCUGCCAGUACCUGACGACAUCUUUGAUAGUGAAUUUGUAGAAGCAUGCGUACUGGCCCGACUCAAUUCCACAGCACUGGAAUGUGCUGACACACCUGAAGCUGCAGGACAGCAGCCAGCACAAGAUCUGGUCUUGGACAACCCUGGCAGUCCACUUAUCAUCAGGAGUGAGGACUGUGAAACGCGGCGAGACUGACGGUGAUGUUUGAAAUAUACCACUAAGGAAUAACUCAUCUGCAAGUACUCCGACAGCCACCUCGGCAGACUCGCCAUGCAUGGUAGGUUUUCAGGUCACCGCGGAACUCAUGCAGCCACGAUGCAGGGUGGUGCACCAUCAGCGGUAGUUCGCCCAACAAACAUGUCGCCUUAUGGGAUGCGUUGCUCACUUAACAGACACUUGACGGUGUAAGAUGGCAACAGCUCAAGCAGGGAGUGAACUCAUAAUUGGGUUAGGUUUAAGAUGAACAACACUUUUAAGCUAAUUCCAUAAUGGUUGUCCUCCUCUGCGUGUGUGUGCAAUAAGUUAAAGCUAAACACACACACACACACACACACACACACUGACAUGUGGAAUCUCCCAGAACACCAAAAUUAAUCCAUUGUGUUUCCUCUUAUAUGACGCUUUCACUAACACGCCCCAUCGCUGGAAGUACGCGUGGACGACUUUUUUGUUUUUUUUUUGUUUUUGUUUUUUGUUU